CGAUGGUUAGCGAGGUACGAAGGCGUAGUAUAAUGAAGUUAGCUCUGGGCGAAAAAUGUGGGCAACAAAGGCAGGCCUUUGACUCGUCCUGUUUGUGGUCUGGAAUCUGGAGUUGUACAACAGGACAACAGAACAACAGUACAAAAGUACAACCGAACGACCUGCACGGUGCCCGCCGGCCCCACGGGCCAAUCACGGCCGCGGCCCACGUCCUCCACCUCGCCUAUCGCCGACCCAGCGAUGGACGGACUCAAAUCCAUUAUCAAUCCAGAAUUCUGGAUCCCAGUUCCUCACUUCUUCUCUCCUCUCCUCUCCUUAACCACCUCCCCUUAAUUUCGCCAUGUCCACUGAUCUUCUCGUUCCCGAAACUCGGGUCCUGGCCGUCGCCAGCCAUGUUGUGUACGGAUAUGUGGGCAACAAGAUGGCCAGCUUGGUCAUGCAGCUCCUGGGCUGUGACGUCGCCGCCUUGAACACCGUCCACUUCAGCAACCACACGGGCUACCGCCAAUUCAAGGGCACCCGGGCCACGGCCGAGGAGAUCACCGCGCUCUAUGAGGGUCUGACCCAGAGCAACCUGACCGACUUCGACGUCAUGCUGUCCGGCUAUGCUCCCAGCGCGGCGGCCGUCGAAGCCGUCGGGGCCAUUGGCAUGGACCUGCAGCGUAAAGCUGAGAAGAACCCGGGGUCUUUCUUCUGGGUCCUCGACCCCGUAAUGGGCGACCAAGGCCGUCUCUACGUCAACGACGACGUCGUGCCCGCCUACAAGAACAUCAUCCGCCACGCGGACCUCAUCCUCCCCAACCAAUUCGAAGCCGAAGUCCUCUCCAACACCAAAAUCACCAGCCUCUCGACCCUCGCCAGCGCCAUAACCGCCAUCCACAACACCUACAAGAUCCCGCACGUAAUCAUCACCUCCGUGUCCCUCCCCACCCUAACGCCCAACACGCUCACCAUCAUCGGCUCGACGACCCGCUCCGACGGCUCCGCGCGGCUCUUCCGCGUCGACGUCCCCGCCCUGGACUGCUACUUCAGCGGCACGGGCGACAUGUUCGCCGCGCUGACCGUCGCGCGUCUCCGCGAGGCCGUCUUCACGGACCCGGACCCGCAGCUACGGAAUACCAAGUCCUGGGUGUCGCCGGAUGAGGUGCCCGCGACAGAGUUGCCGUUGGCACGGUCCACGGUGAAGGUGCUUGCGAGUAUGCAUUCGGUUUUGGAGAGGACGUUGGAGGUGAGGGAUCGGGAGAUGAAGAGUGGUAAGCCGGUGGUGGAUGGGGUGGAUGGGGUGGAUGGAGAGGAUUCGGCGGAGAGGAAGAAGAGCGAACAUCUCAGGGAGAGCAAGGCUGCCGAGGUGCGGGUUGUCAGGUAUGGGGGGCUGUUGAGACAGCCUGAGGUGGAGUUUCAGGCGACUGAGUGGAGGAGUGAGGAUUUGCCCGUGUAGUAGUUUCGCUGGUCUUUCUCUCCCUUCCCUUCCCUUCCCUUCUCUUCCUCCUCCUCCUCCUCCUCUUCUUUCUUUCUUAUGAUUGUCUCUCGGGCUGUCUGUGUGUUUUUUACUCGGUAUAGAUAUAGCGAAAGAUAUAGAUCGAUUGCAAGCCUCUAAAUAGCAUUGGUUAGUCAUCCAUCUAUCUAGC